AUGAGGCCAGUCGCUUGCUCUACUGUGACUGUGACGAAAUGCCAAGCUGCUCUGAAGACCCUGCAGGCGUUCCCGUUCUUUAAGCCGACCUGCCUCUGUCGAGAGCCAAACGUGGACCCCGAGUAAAAAGACCCGUACCCAGUUGAGACCUUGCCGACCUGCACCUAUGCUCUGAGUGUCUGCCACAACGAGAAGGCCUGCUCUCUACUAUUCGACCGCUUCAAGAACGCAUGUAAGACCCGCGAGGGAGAAUGCCGCAUGGAAGAUAGGGAUGCUUGUCGCGAGGCAUGGGCUGGUCUCCGUAUGUCGCCGUUGUUCGGUUGCAUUUGCCCUAACACCCACAUGAAGAAACGUUGCGACCGCAUCUUCGCUCUGGUCAAUCACAAUCCGUGCGUCGCGGCAACAUGGGGCGAGUGCCCACCGGCUGUCCGCGCGUUGUUCGAGCCGCCCCGGCGGGCGCCCGUCCGCGCGCCUCCUCUCACCCGUUACGCUGCGCCCGACGGUACCAUCUUGCUGCUCACCGAGAAUGGCACCAGACUGAUGACUCGUGCCGCCGCCGCCAGCCUCCUGCGCGCUGCCCUCCUCUCCCCGCGACCCCCUCGGCCCCGCCACGGUGAGCCGCGCCGCGCCAACUCUUCUCUCUCUUUCUCUAUGUGUCUCUGUCGGAUUCCGUCGCCUAUAGCACUGCACGCUUCGCACAGCUUCGUAAGGAUAUUUUUUAUCGAUGUGUUCGAUCGAUCGGCCGGCGCGAUCAUCUUGUCUCGUCGCUCUGGCUCGGUCGUCGAGCAAUCAGAAGCUAAGCGAUUCCAUGGAUGCAAUUCCAGUAAAGCUGAUGCUCGACGGACGCACGGCGAACCGAACUGGCACCUCUGUGACCUCCUGGAUCGGCGCUUGGACACACAUUUAACACUAAAACUAAUAUGCUCCCAAAAACCUGCAGAGAGGAUUGGGAAAGAAAACGGUAGAUCAGAUGAUGAGAAGGUGGCGUUGCAGUCCACCUGCCACGUAGCUCUCGACUCGUGCAUCAAAGAUGGAGAGUGUAUGACGUCAUUGACGCCGGUCCUCCAGAAGUGUCACGCUAUGGAGUGCGACAGAGAGGGAUGUAUGGCGGCUCUACGUGGCUUCUAUAGGAAGCCAGGUGUGCACUGGAAUACGGAGAUUGCUUUCUGCCUUUGCAAAAAAACUGAUAACCGCGAAGACUCUUGCAUGAACGCUCAGGAGCGACUGCAUCCGUCGUGUGCCCAACGUCCACCUGUGGGUUCUCCUCUACCAGCUUGUCAUACUCUAGCCCAUGCUUGUCGCGAAGAUGCAGAAUGCAGAUAUCGUGAUUUUGGUUUUGCAGUAAUUGAAAUCAUUAGCCAUCCGUUGAGGUUGCCCGGGAAUUGCCCGGGUCGCAUUAGUUUGUUUCAGGUACUUUUGUCAGCCUUCGCCGUAAUGGCCAUCACGCAAAGUCCAAUGGUGAAGAACUAUGAACAAUGGUGUGCUGUAGACGCUGUGACUCAGGGCUGCGCUGGAUCGCCAGCGGCUUGCCGUUCCGCGGUCGUAGCUGUGCUCGGCACUCAGCUGCGAGCGGCGUGCGCAUGCCGCGGCACCGACUUUGCUCAGCUGUACGACUGCCUCGGCUGGCAACGACUACUGUGGCUGAAUCCUUGCGUCGGUAAGUUUUGUGUUUCUGAAGAAAUAGGACAGAAGACCUGGCUAUGGCCCCUGCCGCCUUUUUGGCCAUAUGUCACUGCAAUGCGUUCUAACGCACAGGCAAAUUAUUUUACCGUUAACAGUUUUUUAAAUGUUGUAAUAUGGCAAAAAUAAUAUGUUUGACAGCAAUGUUGAAUCAAAAUACAUUUCCUCGUAAUUCUUGAAAUGGCCAGAACCAGGCAUAAUCUUGAAAUAAUAAUCUAAAAAUAAAACCGGGUCAUCUACCCAAAAAGCAAUGUUGAGCAAUAGAUGUACCAUUAGAGUUGUGUCCUACAAGUGAAAAUAUAGGUUACUGUUAUAUGUUCGAAAAAUAUGUAUAAUUUUGACUUAUAAAAUUUAACAGAAUAAAUUUUAUGACGUUGAUUUGGAAAAUAUUACGUUUUGAAAACUUGAAAAAAGUGGAGAAAAUACAUUAAAAAAUUUGCUUAAAUACAUUAUGGCACUAUUUUUUUUACAUAAAACAUAAAAACUUUAAUUAUUACAGCUAUAAACAUAAACACACAAAUAAAGAUAUUGCCCAGACACCCAUUCUUUCUUCUCUACCGCACCGUGUGACGUCACUUAGUGACUUGAAUUUGCAGGAAGCGUUUUCGGCCGAUAUAGCAGUAGUUCCACAAUUAUAGCACCAUAUCUCAGUAACUUCUAAUCGCAGGCUUGCUGUUCUACAUUAUUUCUCAGAUAUUAAUAGGCUGUUUAUUUAUGAAAUAAAACUAUUCGCCAUCAGCUUACGGGGAAAGAGGAGAAGGAAGGUACAAUUCCCCACCUCUGACUACGAGCAGAAUAGUGGAAUCUCAAAGUGAUUACCACGUGAAGACCUACGGAUCGUUGUUGACCACCACGGCAAUAGAGACCAUCAACUACAUGACCGUCCCACCAGAGCCUGCGAUUGAUAACCGAGAACCCCCUAGCCCUAUCACGACCCAGUCAGAACAAACGGCGGUACCGAAAAUCGAACAGAUCUCUGAGCCGGUGAUUGAGACGACCACCCGUACGACCACUUCGGCAACCACGACUAAGACCACCGCAACCACGACUACCACCACGACCACAACGACCACGACCAGACCAACGACCACGCUAGAGCCAGCGAAGUACUGUAUCGUGAAGAAGCCAGAGAGUGACGAUCAGGCGCAGUAUAUCAAAAUGGGAGAAACGAGACGGGUAAGCAAAACUACAAAAAUACGAGGAUGGUUUGAAAAGUUCUCGGCCUGACCGAGAUUUGGGGGUAGUGUGUAAACUAAUUUAUUGUCAUUCGACAGCUCGAUUCAGAUGAGCCUUGAAGCAGGCGCUACCAACGAGAAAAUAUCAGACCAGAUGUAUGUCAUGUAG